GGAUUCUCUGCGAGGAUUUGGCAACCUCUAACCGCUCCAUGUGUUAGCUACUCACCGCUAGCCUGCAUGCUAUUAUUGAUUCAUUUGUCAAAAUCCGAGCCUCUUAUCUGAUAUAAUCAAAUAAAACACAGGACUUUAACAGACAUAUAUAUCGUUUGCCAUUGAUAAAAAUGGCAGCGAUUGCAAUACCAGAAAAUACUAGAGUCUUUCUUCUGGACAUUGAAGGAACCACGACGCCCAUCACGUUUGUCAAGGACAUCUUAUUUCCCUACAUCAGAGAGAAUCUGGAGGAAUAUCUGUCUGCACACUGGGAAGAGGACGAGUGCAAACAAGAUGUGCAUCUGCUCAAGAAACAGGCUGAAGAGGACUUGCGGCAGAAUAAAGCAGGUCCAGUGCAUGCAGUGGACCAGACCGUCCACACAGAUGAAGAGAAGGCCAUCCGUGAGGUGGUGGAAAACGUCCUCUGGCAGAUGGAUGCAGACAGAAAAAGCACUGCGCUCAAACAGCUGCAGGGCCACAUGUGGAGAGCCGCUUAUAUGACUGGGAAAAUCAAAGGCGAGGUUUAUCAGGACGUGGUUCCAGCUGUCAGAAGGUGGAGGCAUCAUGGACUGAAGGUCUACAUCUACUCCUCAGGAAGUGUGGAGGCACAGAAGCUGCUCUUUGGCUAUUCUGUCCAAGGCAAUCUAUUAGAUCUGUUUGAUGGUCACUUUGACACCAACAUUGGCGCCAAAGUAGAAAGUAAAAGCUAUGAGAACAUCGCUGAGAGGAUUGGAUGCCAACCAGAGGAAAUCAUGUUCUUAACUGAUGUCACGCGAGAGGCGAAGGCAGCAGAGGAUGCUGGGGUGAACGUGGCUGUCGUAGUAAGACCUGGUAACAUGGAGUUAACCGAAGAGGAAAGGAACCAUUAUAAAAUCGUCACAUCUUUCAACCAGUUAGAACUGAGCGGAAAUAUUUGACGGCACAGAACUGGGGUUAUGACAUCGGAUCAUGUGGAAAAACCAGUGGUUAUGUGUUGUGAUUCUGCUGGACUGAAACUCCAAGAAUCCAGGUGCUUGUUUUUUUACACUGAAACCCAUCUUUGAAUUAUAAUACACUUCCAUUCUCUUUGAAUGUUUUAUAUGCAGUGUUAAUGUGUAGCAUAUGACAUAUUCAUGUCUUUAUCCCCCACACGUGCAGUGAUAAAAUAUAUUAUAACCUGCCACCUGGACACGGGUUUAGCGUGAUUGUACCUCAUGUCAAGUGCAGUCAUAUAAACCUCAAUAUUAAAUGUUGUAAAAUUUUAUUCUAAAUGGACACAGCUAACAAAUUACAUUUGCAACAUUUAGAUACACCAGCACCCAAAAACAGAUGUCUGUUUUAGUAACAAAAUACAGAAUUAUGACCAAUGCCAGAGAUGUUUUACAUUAUUUAACACUAGGUAUAAAAUGCUGCAUAAGAAUUAGCAGGACAGGCUCAAAAUAAAAUGCGGUUACGUGUAUACAAAACAUGUAUGAUUCCAUUUGACUUGGAAUUACUUAAACUAAAAAUUUACUCAUCUAUUUCCAAACCCGUAUGCUGUGUGAAGAUUCUUCAGAAGUUCUUUUGUCUUCCACAGAAUAAAUAUCAGCAUACAGAUUUGAAGCGACAAAUGGGUUAGUAAAUAAUAACAGAAUUUUCACUUCAUAGUGUCUUCAUAAUAACCUGUAUCAAGAAAGUCUUAUUAAUUGAUGUUUUUGAAGGAUUAUCUUGCCAAAAAAACUGUUCCUGUAUUCAGAUCUUUUCCUUGAAAGUGUCCUUGUUACUUCACUCAUCUGAUACAUAAACAUGGAACACAUCACAUUAAA